AUUGUCUUAAUGUUGAAUUAGAGGAGGUCGGCCUAUAGUCUGCUCUUCUUUGUGUGACGAUAAAAUGCUUUAGGCUGAUUGCUGUAAAGAAAGCUGGGUUUGAGGGGAGCGCUCCUAAUGGAAAAUGGUGUUUAAACUUAAUUAAAUUGGGUUAAGUUGAAUUCGAGGUUUAGGCUUCACAACAUAUUAAGUAAUUGUAAAUGUCUUGUAUUUGUUUUUUGUUUAACUUGGUCCGACUCAUGCAAUAUCUAGGACGAUGGACACAAAUGAUGGCGAGCAAGACUGCAGUCCUGUUUACGUGCACAAUCCACACCUGGAGCAGAUGAAGGAUGACAUACUCUACCACUUCAAUCUAGGAACCGCAACCCACAACCUGCCUGCUAUGUUUGGCAAUGUCAAAUUUGUGUGUGUUGGAGGCAGUCCCUGGAGAAUGAAAGCAUUCAUUGAGUAUAUUGCUGCUGAGCUGGGUUUGGAAGACCCCAAAUCAGAGUACCCCAAUAUUUGUGCAGGAACGGACCGCUAUGCCAUGUACAAAGUUGGCCCCGUGCUCUCUGUCAGUCAUGGGAUGGGCAUCCCAUCCAUUUCCAUAAUGCUGCAUGAGCUAAUAAAGCUCCUUUAUCAUGCACAUUGUACAGAUGUUACAGUUAUUCGCAUUGGGACUUCAGGUGGAAUAGGGCUUGAGCCUGGCACUGUUGUUGUCACCAAGCAGUCUGUGGAUGCCACCUUCCUGCCCAAACUUGAGCAGGUGAUCUUGGGGAAGACAGUGGUGCGCAGCACCGAUCUGGACCAAGGUCUGGCUGAAGAGCUGUUCCAGUCCAGCAAGGAACUGAGCCAGUUUGAGACAGUCAUAGGAAACACCAUGUGUACACUGGAUUUCUAUGAAGGCCAAGCCCGUUUGGAUGGAGCUUUCUGUUCCUACUCUGAGAAGGACAAACAGGACUACCUGGCUGAAGCCUAUAAAGCAGGAGUCCGAAACAUCGAAAUGGAGUCCUCAGUGUUUGCUGCCAUGUGCAAGCUGAGUGGUCUACGAGCGGCUGUGGUGUGUGUGACGUUGCUGGAUCGUCUUAAGGGAGAUCAACUCAACAGCUCUCAUGAGGUUCUUCGCAAUUACCAACAGCGUCCUCAGAUACUGGUUGGCCACUACAUUAAAAAGCAGUUGAGUGCUUCAGGCAAGACCUAGGCUGAAACGAGCAUGAUUUGAAUUUUGGGCAUUUUCACUCAAAGAUGAUAAAACUGAAAACAAUGUAGGAAUUCAGAUCACUGUAAUUUUUUUGGAUGAACUUCUGUUCUUUCCUGGGCAUUACUUGAUAUGACCUGAAUAAUCACUGAAUUUGAAGUCAUGCACUUCAUGCUGUCUGUCCUGUCAUAUUCUAAUUUAUAUUUCACCUUUUUUUAUACCGACAUUCCUGACACUGCUCUUCCAAUAUUAUUUCCUUCCUUAAUUUUCCUAUAAACACCGAUUUUAAUUCAAUGCGCUGUAUAAUAAUUCUUUCAGACGUCUAUGGUAAUUAUAAUGCUUCCUCUUUAAUGCUACCUCUGUUUUUUAUACAUGUAAAGCUACUUUUCCUGACACUUGAAAUGCUUCAUAUUGUUAAAGUAUAUUCUCACAAGAGUAUUGUGACCAAACCAAAAUGCACUCAUUUUAUCUGUACCUGUCAUAACUGAAAAUAAAUACUGCCCAAGUUGUUUUAUGAAUGCUGAUGGAAUGACACCAAUGCAUGAUGAGUUUUUAUUCUUGUCAUGGUGUAUUGGCUGUGGAAAAUCCCUUGAGCAAAUUCAAUAAAUCUAUAUAUUACA